AUGCAGUCAACUAAGCAAUCUAUCUUUUUUCAUGAAAGACCAAUCACAGAUUUAAAGUUUCAUCGUGAUGGUGACAUAUUCUUCACAGCUUCAAAAGAUUGCUCAGCAAGCAUGAUAAAUUUAGAGGGAAAGAUUCUUGGCUCGUUUGACAAGCAUAGUGGCGCUAUAUCUACAAUAGAUUCAUUUCAAAAUACUUUUUUAACAGCAGGUACUGAUCUCCUUCUUGUCAAAUGGGAUAUUCUCACGGGAAGUAUCGAAAGUACUAUUUACUGUGAUGCUGUCGUACGAGGAAUAGAUUUUGGUGAACAGAUAUACUUCUGUACAGAUAAUUCAAUGAGCAAAGAGGCAUUUGUUGGAAUGGUAGAUCCAAAAACCAAUGCUCUUCAUAGAAUAAUUUCACUUUUUGAGCCUUCUUCCAAAAUAUUCAAAAUAGACAAUAGCAUUAUUUUUUCAACUACAAAUGGAAAAGUUUGCAAGUUGGAUUUAAGAAAUCAAAGGAUUAUACAAGAAACUAAAGUGCACCAAUCCAAGAUAACAGACAUGAAGCCAUCUGCUUGUAGAUCAUUCUUCGUUACAUCAUCGAUGGAUUCUUCUGCGAAAAUCAUUGAUACCGAAACAUUUAUAGUUAAAAAAAGGUUUGAUAGUGAAGAGCCAAUAAAUUCCGUAGCAGUUUUCAAUACCAAUGAUAUAAUAGUUUGUGUUGGAGGCAUUAACGCCAGAGAUGUUACUGCUACACGAGGAAAAAGCUCUUUUGAUACCAACUUCUUUGAUAUAGUCACACAACAGAAGAUUGGAUAUUUCACAACACAUUUUGGAACCAUCAAUGCUAUUGAUGUUCAUCCCCAGUCAACACACUAUAUCUCAGGAGGAGAGGAUAGUAGUGUUUGUCUUGUAAAGCUAGGUAUGGAUUUUAAAGAAGCACCAUUUACAAAGCUUAACUAA